GGAAUCUCAGCGCUAGACCUAAAAUGGCGCCGGCGCGCUCGCCCUCCCCCGCCCACCUCGCAGCCACCAUAGAGAAGGGGCUGGGCUCGGCGGCUAGAGCGGCUCCUCCGCGCACCUUCUCUACGCGGCUGUAGUCCGGGCUCGCUGGCGCGAGGAGGGGGAGGGGCUGAGAAGGGCGCUGCGAACCACAUCAUGGCGGGCGAGGGCGACUCUGAGCCGGAGAAGUCCUUUAAACUCCUAGGAUUCCUUGAUGUUAAAAAUGUCCCGUGUGCACGAGAAUCAGUACUCUAUGGUUCACUGGGAUCUUUAGUUUUGGGUCUUGGACAUUUUUUAGCAACCAGUAGAGUUAGAAGAUCUUGCGACGUUGCAGUUGGUGGCUUUAUUUUCACGAUGUUAGGAUACUGGUUUUAUUGCAGGUACAAUUUUGCCCAACAUAGGAUCCGGCAAAGAAUGCUUAGAGAAGGAAUGAAAAACAAAAUUUUAUUUGAAGGCAGUUCUCUUGAUCCAGAAAGAAAACAAACCAGCAAUGAAAGAAGUGAUUCAUAGUCUCCUAUGGAGGAAUCUGUGGUCUAACACAGCUUUGGGGGAAGGUGGUCCAAAAAUGGCACUCUUUCCUGUAAACAUGGGAGGUGGCUGAGACUGAUAAAUCAUGGUGUUUUUCCUAGCAAAUUCAAGUAAGAAACUCAUAAUGAAUCUGUUAAAUUAGUAUACAAGCCUUUCUUUGUUUCAUGUAUGUAUAUAUGACUAUGUACACAGUUAGGAAUGACCUCCUUGGUUUUGCCCUGUUAAACAUUUAGGAACUGGUACGUUCUGUUGCAGGCUCUCAAAUUAUUAAUGACAGUGGUUUGAGACUACUUUAACUUUUAUUAUAAACAGAAUAGUUCAUUUUAGCAAAGUUGUAAUUACAUCUCAUUUAAAUAUAGGAAAAUAUUUUCAUCAGCUGUUCUUUGAGUAAGUGUAUCCUUCAGUGCUGCUGUUCAUUGUGCUGUUUUUAAAAUAGGGACAUUGAAACAGUAGGUGAAUGGUUUGCUUGUGCAAGAUGGGUAGUAUCAGUAGCCUUCUUAAGAUUUCAACUGCAGUGUAGCGGGCAGUUUUAUAUGCACUGUGAAAUUGAAAAAAUUCCAUCGUUGUUCUCCCUGUGUGAAACUAAGAAUAAAUCACUUGCACUUCAGGAGGAGUCUCAGCUAUUUAUGUAACUCUUCUUAUUUAAUUAAAAUCCUGCUCUCUGUUUAAGGAAUUUCCUUACACUACCGUCUGCUGUUCAGUUGGUGAAAUAAUUAUUUACAUUAUUAAUAAACAGUAAUGGUCAGUUA